UUCUGGAGCCUAGACCACGGCGUUUCGUUCGAAAUAAUCAAAACGCGGAAUUACUUUUUCCAAAGUCAAUCCCCAGUCUCUUCCGCAACUAAUUCAGCGUCUCUUCCCCUUCCCCCUUCCCCCCCUAGAUUCCAUCGCUCGAAUUCAUUUUCCGAUUUCACGCCGUUGAUCUCUGAUCAAUUUCUCCUCCUACCUGACAUCCGACGGACAUGGCGUCUCAGGAGUCCAUCGACAAGAUGCAGGUCCGCCAGAACUAUCGCAAUCUCUGGCACACCGAUCUGAUGAGCACCAUUCAGGCGGAUCCUAAGUAUUGCUGCUUAGCGUUCUGGUGUGGGCCGUGUGUGUCAUACUUGCUCCGAAAACGAGCACUUUACAAUGAUAUGUCAAGGUACACAUGUUGUGCUGGUUACAUGCCUUUUAGUGGCAAAUGUGGGGAAAGCAAAUGCCCUGAGUUUUGUCUUGGCGCUGAGGUUUUCCUCUGCUUCGGAAACUCAGUAGCCUCUACCCGUUUUCUGUUGCAAGAUGAAUUCAAUAUCCAGACAACAAAAUGUGACAAUUGCAUCAUUGGUUUCAUGUUCUGCCUAAACCAACUAGCAUGCAUUUUUAGCAUAGUUGCAAUGAUUGUUGGAAGUGAUGAGAUUCAAGAGGCAUCUCGAUUAUUAAGUUGCUUGUCUGAAAUGGUGUACUGCUCGGUCUGUGCUUGUAUGCAGACGCAACACAAGGUUGAAAUGGACAAACGAGAUGGAAUGUUUGGUCCACAACCAAUGGCUGUGCCCGCCUUUCAGCAAAUGUCACGCAUUGAUCAGCCAAUUCCUCCCACGGUUGGCUAUCCACCACCAGCAUAUGGACAGGCCUAUCCACCUCCUCAGGCUCAAGGCUAUCCAGGUUAUCCUCCUGCUCAGUACCCUCCACCAGCUUAUCCUCCUGCUCAGUACCCUCCACCAGCUUAUCCUCCUGCUCAGUACCCUCCACCUGGUUAUCCCCCAUCCGGUUACUCUAGGUAAAUAUAUUUGAGAAAGAUAUUGGUCUGCAAGGUGUAACUGUGUUAACUGCAGAGUUAAUGGAGCUCCUUUUUUUUUUUUUUUUUGUUGUUAUUAUUAAUCUUGCUUGUACUUUCAAAUGCAAUUGGCGGUGUUAUAUUUGUGUGUGUUUUAUCGUCCCUUUGUUGAUUUAAACU